AUGAAUCAUUCAACUAAUAAAAAGAGAGGAAAUCUUUUUUAGGCAAAUCAAAGUUUAGUUUCAUCAGCUUCAUAAAAGACUCAAAAGACCUCAAAUACAUAGAUUGCAGCCUCUAGUAAAUAAAAUUCUAAGGCAAAGAUUACUCCCAAUAACCUCAAAGAAGAAACCAAAGAUAAAAUGAAUGCUACUUUAAACAGUAAAAGUUCAAUAGCAAGCCAAUAACAAUUCAAUAAGUAUGAAUAAAAGAUCAUGAAUAUUGACUUAUCACAAAUUUCUAAUACUACUGGAAAUUCAAACGGAAAAAGAGCUAAUCUAUUUAAUGAAAAAUCUACUAGUAGGGAACGCAUUUAUACAAGAAAAACUGUGCAAGGACAUUAUGAUUAAGCCUAGAAUCAAAACGAAAUAGAUCUUUAUAAUACUCCUUCCUUCAAUAUAAGGGUUGAUAAAAAUAAUACUCCUUCCUUCAAUAUAAGGGUUGAUAAAAAUGCUUUAAGAAGCAAUUAGAACUAGCAGAAUGAAAUGCUCAAUUUGAAUAACUUUAUUGAAGAAUCAAAGAAUCAAUAGCAGUAAUAAAAGCAGAUAUUAUAAGAUUUUCCAUUCUUAUAAGCUCAAAAGACAUUAAAUUUGCCUUACUAAAACUUAAGUCAGCCUUAAAUUGUGAAGGGAUCUGGAGGCAUGAAUGAUGAUGAAAACUCAGAGGAAGAAAAGGAAAUUAGAGACUUAUAAUCUGUUACUUCAUAAAAUUUACUCUCUUAGGAUUAUUUCAAUCCAUUCAGUAAAAAAUCAUAGCCAAACUUUAUGAGCAUGAACAACAAUACACCUUAAGCCAAUUCAGUUAUGCAGACAAGAAAUUAAAACAAUCACGGACUUGGAGCUAAUUUUUUCGAUGGGUUAGAAACAGUGUCUUAAUCCUAAGUCUCUUAUAGCCCAAGAUUUAAUGCUAACAAUAAUAGAAGGGAGGAGUCUGCUAGCUUUCAACCUGAGGUUAUUAAUUAAAAUAACGUAGCUGAUAGCUGA